AUGUCUGUGGAGGUGCAAUCGCUUGCCUUGAAUGCCCUUACGAAGCGUAUUCAAGAUGAAGCAGAGGUGUUGCCGGAUGGCAUCUUACGGGUCGCGGAUUUCCUGAAUUACAGGGUGGACCCUGUCCUAAUGGACAGCUGUGGAGCGCUCCUCGCAAAUCGGUUGAUGGAUGCAAAGCCGACCAAGAUCCUAGCUGGCUGCAGUAGCCAAGGGCUCCUGCCAGCGGUGGCAGCAUCAAGGCAUUUGGAAAUGCCCGUAGUCUUCGCUUAUCCCUCCGUCCCAGACACUUGGAAUGGCGAUGCCACCUUUUCCGCAACUCUCCAGGGCCGCACGCACUGGGUACUUUCGAGUGCCAUUUGUGCAGAGGACCGGGUGGUGAUAAUAGAUGAUGUCGUCAGCACAGGCACGACAGUCAGUGCUCUGAAAACCAUCUGCGAGAAGGCUGGUGCCAAAGUUGUCGGGGUCGGUGCGAUCAUCCACAACUGCCUGGCUAAUGGCGGGGGCAGUCCCAUUGAAGGAAAGUUCGAGAGCCUGGCACAGGUUUCCAAGUCUAGUGCAGGAGGCCCUGUGGAUGUAAAGCCUUGCAUUGCCCCGGCGGUCCAGCAGCAACAGCUGCCAGAGGUUGUUGCGGCAGAUGUUCUGACGGAGCGAGUGAUGCGAGAGGGAAAGGUGCUGCCAGGAAACCUGCUCAAGGUCUACUCCUUUGUGAACCAUCAAGUUGACACGCGCUUGAUGGACAUGUGUGGCCAACUGCUAGCGCGGGUUUUUGCAGGUUUUGGGGUGCAAAAGGUGCUCACGGCCCAAACCGGAGGUCUCCCUCCGGCACAUGCCGUAGCAACGGCCUUGCGUGUGCCGCUGGUCUGUGCCCGGGAGACUCAUGAGAAGGAUGAGGUGGUCAUGCAGACUAUGUACAGCGCCCCUUCGGAAAGCUUCACCAAGAAGAAGAAGCUGGUACUUUAUGUUACUAAAGAAGCGUUGCUCCCCGGCGAGGUGGUUUUGGUUGUCGAUGAUUUUCUGGCCACGGGCACCACUGGCGUAGCGCUGCAUCGACUGGUCGAGCAGGCAAAGGCUGAAGUAACAGGGAUGGCUUUCCUGGUCGAAAAACGAUUCCAAGAUGGUCGUGGAAAGAUUCUGCGGGAGCUGCCCCACUUGAACGGCCGGAUCGUAUCACUUGCAUGCAUCGAAGCGAUGUCCACAGAGGGAAUUUCGUUGGACUGCAAGGUGGUCGGUGACUGCAAACCCAUCCAACCUGCAGACGGGAAGGUGAUGAUCAACCGAGUCCUGUCAUCUGCCCAAGCGCAUCAGGGACGAGGCAUGAUCAAUGCGUCUACAUUCCUGAACCACGUUGUGGACACCAGGCUCAUGGAUCAGGCUGCUACGCUGCUGGCAAAGCGCUUCGUAGACUCACGGGCAACGGCUGUUCUGACAGCUGAAAUGUCCGGUGUUGCACCAGCCUUGGCUUUGGCAAUGCAACUUCGCGUGCCCUUGAUCUGUGCACGCAGGGAGCUGAGCAAGGUUAUGGCUGUUGCGGGUGGCACAAUCUCCGCAAAAGUCGAGGGCAGCACUGAUCCGGCGCGAGGAACUCUUCACAUCUUUCGCGACCACCUGCGAAAGGACGACGCCGUGCUGCUAAUUGACGACAUUUUGGGAAACGGAGCCACGACCAUGGCACUGCAGAACCUCUGUGACCAGGUUGGCGCCACGGUUGUUGGUGCAGGCUUUCUCGUGGAGAAGGUUUUCCAGCACGGCCGGGGCAAAAUUUUAGCUGCGCGACCGCACAUGGCUGACAGCAUCGUGGCCCUCACGAAAGUCUUAUCGAUGAAUGAUCAAGGGCUGAAAGUCUUCCGCUGCCCUGAGCCUGCGCGAGACACCUGGGUGCGAGUGGCUACUGAUCUCGUCCGGAGAAUGAGCAAGGAAGUUGAGAUCGACGUGGCAGCAAAUGCCAUGAAGUUCAGGUCAGUGUUGGGUCAGCAUAUGAGCAUGGACCCAGUUCUGCUCGAUGCUUGUGGUGACGUGCUGGCGGCGCAGUUUGCCGGAGUCACCAAGGUCCUGACAGGAGCUCCGGUGCAGGGCCUGUCGGUGGCGUACGUAGUGGCCAGGCAUUCCGAAGUGCCGAUGAUCUUCGCCCGCAACACUGUACCGCUGACCAUGAAGGGCCAGCGGAUUUUGAGCGCCCAAGCUCCUACAGGCACGUUUAAUGUCUCCGGCGAGUUCUUCGGCCCAAGCGAUCGAGUUCUUAUAGCGGACGACUUCUUGGCUUCAGGGCAGACGGCGCUGGCGCUGAAGCAGAUUUGUGAGGAAGCCGGUGCGUCGAUUGCGGGCUACGCCUUCUUGGCCUUGAAUCGCACGCAACUCGUGGGCCAGAGGCCGGCAUCCGUAGCCGUCAACUCUUCAGGCCGCGAGGCUCUGGGCGCCAAGGUGGUGGUCCUUGCCGAUGUGGUCGGCAUUGCCGCUGGUCGUUGUGAGGUUAAGGUCGCAGAAUGGCUGCAGCGAGCUGCCAGCACUUCUGUGGCUGAGAGUGAUGGCCGCCUUCUAGACGGUGUUGCUGUGCGGUUCUUCGAGGGAUCCACUUUGUCCGGUGCCUUCGAUGUCCCAGUGGACUUGAUCGAGGCGCACCAACUCCGACUGAGACCUGACGAUCUUCUUUGUCUACGUUGGCCGCGGCCUGCGGGGGCUCGACAGCGGCCUGUGCUCAUCCAGGAAGCUUUCCGAGCUCUGACUUGCGGCCGCGAGCGGCUGGGGCAGAAGGAGCUCCGAAAGCUGGCGACCUUCACAGGCUUUGACGGGACUGAUGAAGAUUGGUCGGAGGAAUAUGCCUCGCUCUGCACGGAGUUCGGAGUGACGGAGGAAGAAGGGCUCGGCCUGCCGGAUUUCUCCAAGCUCGUUGACGACGAAUCGGAGAAGGGCUGCGUCUGUUCUGACGAUGAGCUCCGGGAGCUGAAGCAGCUUUAUGGGGGCCCGGCUCCGGACAGUCAAGGUGUGGAAGUUUCGGAAGUUUGGGUGGGGCAUGCCAUCGUGGAGUCUGCCGACAAGUUUGGAGACUCAUUGCAGGUUCGCUUCUACCUUUGCGAGGUAUCCAGCACGCUGGGCCUGCCCCAGGAGCUCCGAAGCAAAGAGCCCACGCCAGGCUUCGCGGUGGAACUGCUGUGGCUCCCGGAGACAUACCACUACCAAGGGACCGCGCUGGCAGAGCUGCCCCAGAGCGCGCCGCUGAUCCAAAACCUCAUCUUGUAUGGUGGUGUACAGAGACCCGAGUCGGACCCCAUGCGCGACUCCAACAGCUUCCUUCGGGACCUGUCGCAUUAUCAGCUCAACGACUCACAGCUCGAGGCUGUUCGGUCAGCGCUGUCAUCGCCGGUGACCCUGGUUCACGGUCCACCGGGGACCGGAAAGACGAGGACUGCUGCUGUGGUUGCCCUCACCUUUGCGAGUCACAAUGCGCAGAGUUCAGCGCGAGCCUGCAUCCUCUACACCGCCAACAGCAACCGGGCCGUGGAUGUGGCGGCGGAGGUGCAUCGAUGCUGGGGUGUCCUGUUGGUUGGAGAGUAUCACGAUGUCACGAGUCAGCAGAUGUUGCGAUCAGCCGAGGCCAUUACAGAGCUUUCGACUGAACGCCUCGAGGAUUUGUUCGAGACCCAAGCGCAGGAACUGUUCGAUGCAGUUUUUUGUUUCGAUUCCUGCCGGGUGGGUGGACAUGUAGGAACAGCCAGGCAGUUCGUCUGCUGUGAGUCCUUGCGAGCUCUUGACCUUGCAGGACGAGAAGUGCGCAAUUUGCUGGGGGGAAGGAGUCUGUCAUCUGAGCUUUCUGGUCUUCUCUUAGUUGAUCGAACAGACCAAGACUUCAUCACCUGCUCUCUUGCCAUCAUUGGUUCAAGACCUAUGCACCUGGCGCUUUGCCGCCCGGUUUCUGUGCUGGUCGAGGCGACGCCAAACCCGAAGUCCAUGAAAUUCGUCUUGGAAGGAGGUGAAGUUCUUGGACGUGGGACAAAGACCAUGCUCUUUCGCAGUCCUCAUGAGGCUCUCCAGUCUCCUCUCGCUAAGUCCUUGCUUGAGUUGGAUGGCGUGCGGGAAGUGCUUCUUGCCGCGGAGCACGUCACCGUGACAAAAUCAACUCUAGCAGAGUGGGAGGAUCUCCAGGAUGUCGUGGAGGGGGAGAUUAGCAAGUUCUACGAGGCCGGGCAUACAGUGAUCGAGGCGUCUGCCGUGGAGUCCACGGAUCCCCAGGACUUCCCAGAGGGCAGCAUCGAAGCCGAGAUCCUCGAACUGCUUGAGGAGAGGGUGAGGCCUUUUGUUCAGCAAGACGGCGGUGACAUAGAGUUUGUGCGCUUUGACCAUGCAGACAGCACCCUGUACCUCAAGAUGGUUGGCUCCUGCUCUGGCUGCUCCCAGUCCCAUGCUACGCUGCAAGAAGGCGUGAAGAACUUGAUGGAUCACUACAUCCCGCAGGUGAAGCAGAUCGUUGGACUCAACGACGAGAUGGACUGGGCUGUGAGACUGUUCUCGAAUCUCACCUUGUGA